AUGGCAACCCCCUUAGUGCAGGCGCGCGCACCGUACUGCGCACUCACUGCGCGCGCACACGGUGCCGUUGUUCCGCCAGAAGUCUCCGCUCAGACAUGCGCACCGGGUUUGCGCAGCGGAGGAUUGCCGGCCCUCCCCGCGCGUGCCGUCUGCUCGGCGCGUGCUGGGGUGUCGCGGUCGUGGGAACGAAUUGCGGCGCGGCGCGUCAGUCUCCCGCAAGGACUGUGCUUAUAUCGGGGGUUUCGAUUGACGGGAAAUUCAUGCUUAAACUGUCGUAGUGUUAAUCGAAUCGGCGCAGGGGCGCAUGAUGGGCGGAUAAGCGCAACUGCGGGAGAGAGGCAGAGAGGCGGGAGCGCGCAGCAGGAGAAGGGCGGAAGGACUGGCGGAAAGGAUGGGUUGAAAGCGGGAGAGGGGAAGGGGAAGGGGAAGGGUAUGGGGGAGGGCAGGUACCGGGGGGGAGGGGCGGCGGAGAGACAGACCCUGAGGGGGCUGAUUGCGCUUGAGCGGGAGCUGCAAAGGGGAAGGCGGGGGGAGAUUACGCAAGGGGCGGCGGAGGGGGAUGGCACGCGCGGAGGGCAGGGGGAGGAGAAGUGGAAGCGGCGGGUUAUGCUGCUGCGGUGCGACCUGAGUGACCUGGUGGCGGGGGGGAGUGCGGGGAAUGGGGGAAAGGGGGAGGCAGAGGGGGGAGCGGAGGGGGAGGGGGAGGGGGUAGCGGAGGGGAAGGGGGAGGGGGAGGAGAACGAGGUGCGGAGUGUGGGCAGUUUGAGGCUGAUACUGCGCGAGUGGGCACGGAAAUAUGCUCUGGUGGUGGUGGUGGCGGGAGAGUGGGCGCCUGACACGGCCUCUCAACCUGCUGUCGCUGCACCACCACUCCCACCCCUCACCCUGCAACCACCCCCAACUCGCCCUCACGCCCACGCCACUCCCCUCCCCUCGCGCCCCCCCCCUCCUCACGUCCUGCUGCUGCCCAACCUCCGCCACGUGUCAUCCACCGAUGCCGCCAACUCACCCACCCUAGCUGCCACGCUGGCAGGCGUGGCAGAAGAACCCGACAGUGCAUCAGUGCAGCAGGAGCUACCAAACCCAACCGAUCGCCCUGGGACAGAAAUGGCAGCGCAGCAGCAGUUAGGGGACCUAACCUGGGCAGGGCAGGAGAGGCUACAAGAACCGACCACCACGCUCCCCUCCCCCGCUUCCCACACAUUCCGAGCAUCCCCCGUCCCGGUGGUAGAUCUAGUGGUGCUGGACGCGCCUUCUGCGUGCCAUCGCGUGCUGGCAUCAUCCGUGGGCGUGGCAGCAGUGGUGGGCAGGGCUGUUGCUGGGGUCCGGGUGGAGAGAGAGCUUAUGGGGGUGCUAGAGGACUUGGCGGACGUAGGGGGAGUGGGGGGUGUGGGACACGUGGAGGUGACGGCGGAAAGGGGGGCUGGAGAGGUGAGUGGUGGUGAGGGGCGCAGUGCAGUGGUGGCAGUGGUGGGAGUGGUGGGAGUGGCAAGCAUGGGUCGCAGUGGUGCGUUGAUCCGCGCCCUGCUGCCUCGAUGCAAUGCCCUCGUGCUCUCUGGCCCCGAGCUACCUGCCCUCCUCGCUGCUGCUAAUGCUCGUACUGCUGCUGGUUCAGGUGGUUGUGGGUUCCACCUUGCCUGCCUGCCCGAUUUUCCUACUCUUGCCACACUGCACUGCAGUGAUCCAGCAGCAGCACAUAGUGAAUCAGAUGGAGCUGAGACAGCAGAAAGAGGGGAGACAGCGGGUCCACGUACGAACAUCGCGUCCCUCCUAGCUGCUCUCCCCCGGCCUUCACCACAAGCCGUGGUGGAAGCCUCUGCUUUCCUCUCCUCGCUGCCCUCUCCCCUCCUCUCCCGCCUCGUGCUGCCCCUUGCUGUGCGUGCGGUACCUGCUACUCACGGCACCACUACUACUCACUCCCACAACCACCAGCUGCAGCAGCAGCAGCAGCAGCAGCAGCAGAAGCAGCUGUAUGAGAAGAAGCAGCAGUGUGAGUGGCAGCAGCAGCGGGUGGAGUUGUGCCCGUCAAGCAUUGAGGACGUCGCUCGGCUCUGUGCUGCCCUCAACUGCAAGGUCGGCACUCCCCUUCCCCACACCCCCUCAUCUCCACAUCCCCCACCUCCACAUGCUCCCUCAUGCCUCGCACCACAAUGCAACAGCUGCAUUCGCCCCACCUCCGAUGUGUUCCAACUUCCUCAUUCACUCUCCUCCGUUUUUGCCAUCGCCUUUCAUCAGACUGUCUUCUGGGCGGGCUCCAUCUCUCUGCAGCCACCACUGCCGAGCACCCGUGCAUCAACGCAUGGGGCGCACAGGGCGCAAGGGGCGAGUGGGUCAGAGCAUGGGCUGGAGGAGAUUGGGUCGCAUGCACUGCCUUGUGCUGACUCUGCUCUGCUUGCCCGUCUCACCACCACACCCACCAGCAAAAGCAGCGGCGCCAGCAGUCCUUCGCCUGCCUCCACCACUGCCACCCUUGCUGCUGCUCCUACUACUGCCACUGCUGCUCAAAUGGGCCGGUCAAAACUCAUAGUGGCUGGGCGGCAGCUGCAGCAGGUGCUGGGGCGGCAGUUACGGCAGCAUGAGGAGAUGGUGGAGGGGAAGGGGAGGAGAGAUGGGGAUGGGGAGGGGGGCAGGGAGUGUGUGGUGGUGGAUGGAGGGACAGCUCUGCUUCGUGGACUCCAAGGGAUGCCUCUUCCUGGCGUUGACUGCCUUGACUUUGUGCCACUGCCACCUCCCAAUUGGUCCACAGUCUUCCUUGAUCCCUCGUUGCCCCUUACUGUUGACAUCGGCUGUGGCAACGGGCGCUUCUGUCGCAGCAUGGCGGUGCGGUUCAGAGAGUCAAGGAACUUUCUUGGGGUGGAGAUCAACCCGCAUCUGGUGAAGAAGGCGCUCUUUAUGGCUGUCAGCUCUCCCGCACCGCAUGCCUCACACGGGCCCACCUCUGUCAGGGACAUUCCCAGGCAGCGCAGGGAGCACGCACCAAGCAACGUGUGGUUCAUCCAUGCCAAUGCCACCACGUCUCUGCACUCGCUGCUAGUCGGCUACCCUGGCCCCAUCAACCUCAUCACCAUCCAGUGCCCGGACCCUGACUUCGCAGCGAGCAGGAGAGCGCAGGAGAGGGGCACAGCACACGUGCACCGGUGGGGCAUGCUCACCCCUGCCCUCGUGCAUGCCAUGCUUGCCCUGCUGCACCCCCCGGGCAAGAUUUUGAUCGAGUCAGACAUUGAGGAGGUGGCAACACGGCUGACAUACGAUGCCAUUAGUCCGUAUCAAAUACGCGACGCGGCUGAGUCUCCGCAAUCCAUGGCGGCCGCCACGGCAGUCGCAUGGCGAUGUCGCAGCGUGAUAUCUCUUACCGCCGUGGUGUUCUCUCUCCUGCUGCUUCUGUCGCACGUGGCCUCCGCUGCGCGCCUUUCAACGGGCAAUGACGCUAAACGCGAGGGCCUUCCGCGCAUUACCGCGUCAGCUUAUACAGGAAUCGUAGCAACCGCUGCUGAAUUGGAUCCGAUUAUGGAGUCUGAGAAUGUUGACCGCGUUGUUGCCAGGGUUUUAAAAGUGAAGAAGAAAAAGAAAAAGUCGACGUCUAAGACCGCGAAAGCAGCGGAGAUUGCGGAGGACGAGGAAGGAAUCUCGGCCGAAGCGGAGAGAGGAGCGGCGGACGAUGCGGCCGACGCGGAAGUCGCGCGAGACGAGGAGGCGGCUCGAGUGGUUAAGAAGAAGAAGACGACAAAGAAAGCGAAGAAAACGAAGAAGACGGGAAGCAAGAAGGCUGUCGAUUCUGUGAGGGAAGCGGAGGGGGAAGAGGAGGCGGAGGGGGGAGAGGUUGAUGAUACGGGGAUGGGAGCGGGUAGGACGAGCGGAAAAAGGGGAAGCCCAAAUGGCGAGGACGGGGAAGGCUUCUCCGCAGUGGAUAAGGCGAUGGCGGAGGCGGAAGCGGUGAUUGCGGGGAAGGGGGAAGAUGCCGAGGACGGGGACAGUGAGAGGGAGGGGGAGCGAACGAAAAGAAUCAAGGGGAAGAAAAGUGAGGUGAGGGAGGCGGACGGUGGGGAGGAGGGGAGUGAUGAGGAGGAAGGUGGAGAGGAUGCGGUAAUGACCAAGUCAAGCAAGUCAAAAAAAUCAAGCAAGUCAACAAGGGCAGCACGGGGGAAAGAGGUUGAAGGGGAGCAGCAGGAGGCGGAAGGCGAGGAGGGUGAAGGGGGUGAGCGGAGUGAGGGGAAUGAGCGGGGAGCAGCGGAUGCAACGAGCAGCAGAAAGAAAAAGAACAAGUCGAAGAAGCAAUCGGAGGAGGAGGAUGGGGAGGGGGAAGGGGGUGGUAAGGAGAAGGGGGAAGCAGGAGCAGCGCGGGCUGCUGGGGACGAGGAGGAAGGGGGGCCGGGUGGGGAGGGCGAGAGCACGACAGAGAGCACGACGAAACGCAGCAGCGAGGACAAGGACGAGGGCGGGAGUGAGGGCGGGAGCGCGGAGAGAGAGGCAGCAGACGGAGCAGCAGCAGAUGCGGGAACAGGAGAAAGCGGGGGAAAGGGGGGAGGCGGGGGGGGAGGCGGAGGAGGGGGAGGCGGAGGGGAAAAGGGAGGCGGAGGAGGGGAGGGAGCGGGAGAGGAGGUGCAGGUGGCGUUCACGGGGCCACAGGACGUGAUGGACGUGCCAGUGGACGAGGAGAUGGUCUCCGUUGACCUCUCUGACAUCCCCCCUGAACCCCCCCAGCCCACCAACGCCGCUGAUUCAGAUGCUGCUGAUGCUAUUGGUGCGGCAGGGAAUGAGCCACAGGGGGGCGCUGAGGAGUCAAUUACCGGUGGUGCUGACGGUGGUGCCGCCUCUGCUGGGGAAGGUUUUGGGAAAGCUGCGGCGGCUACAGGUGGGGAUGCAGAGCAGGAAGCGGGGUUCCUCUCCCGCUGGGUCAUCGCGCCCCUGGCUGCAAACCUGGAACCCAUUCUCGCCCCUCUCUACCCCCUCACAUCCCUCUUCCUCUCGCCCGGGCAAACUGUGCUCCUUGCUGCUGCACUCGCACUGCUCGCCUGCUGCUGCUGCUGCCUCUGCUGCUGCCGCUCCCUCUCCCGCCUCGUGAGUACCAGCCGUGGGGUAGCAACAGGGGGCAGCGGCAGCUGGUUUGGCGGGAGGCACGGGCCAGGUGCGGCGUACUCUGAGGUGGCUCGGCAGGAGGUUGAUUUGUCUGUUGCGUUUGGACAGCAGAUCCUGGGAGGAGGGAAGCAGGGAGGGGGAGGGCAGGGAGGGGUGCGGGGAGAAGCUGGAAGGAGCAGGGCAGACGGUGGGUCGGAGUGGGAUGAGUGGGACGAGGAAUGGGGGGGUGCGAGAGGGGAGGCGGGAGGAGGGAGGGAGAAGAGGGUGGGGAGCGUGGGAAGUGGGGGAAGGGGAGUGGGUAGCGGGGAUGGGUGUAGUUCAGGGGAGGGAGAAGGUAGGGGGGUGAGGAAAGGGGGGAAGCUGGUUGUGAGCAAGGGGACAGGGGCAGCUGGCAAGGAAGGGUGGAAAUCAUGA